UUCACUUUCAAAUCCAUCAUUCUAGAUUUCGCCCACUUCCAAUUGAAAUCUUACCCGCAAAAUACAGCAGGGAUUCCUUGUGACGGGGAAAUCCCGCAGAUCCUUACUACUGGGAAAACCAGACUCUGACAUCAUUUGAAACAUAACAUCCGGUCGUCUUUACUCCUCUUAUAAAAUUCAAUUAGUCUUAUUUUACCAUCACUUCUACGGAGCCUUUGGACACCCAAACCAACCGACAGAGAAUUCAAAUAGAUAUUUUCUCGCGAUGAAGGUUUUAGAGAAAAAACUUUUGGACGAAAGGCUCAUAUAUUUUCUAGAGAAGCUUUGCCCGGAUGAUGUUUUAUCACACCUUCGUUGUCUCCCUGAAACAGACAAAGAACAGAUUAGAUGUGAUGCUAAAAUCACCGGAGAUACACGAGCAACAGAGACGUUGUUCGAUCGGUUGAAGAGAAGAGGAGACGAAGCGUUCAGCCAGUUUGUUCGUGCUCUACGAAAGACAGGAAAUGACCAGUUAGCUAUGAUUUUGGAUCCAUAUUUUACAGUGGAUGAGAACCUCGAGCAGGAGAUUUUUAUCCAACCCAAUCAUACACUACGUGUAGUUGGAACAGCCAUAGACAUUGAUUUCACGGUUCGAGUUAUGGAUGUCCCUAAUCACUACCUGAGCCACGUGGAAAAAGCCAUCGUGGAAGGAUUUAUAAGUGAAAAGUCUAAAGAAGCCAAGGAUUUGAGGAACAGGAUGGCAAAGUUCCUCCCACAGGGCGCUUCUUUCGUACAUACGGUAACACAGGAAACCCACAGUAAAUCUGCCUUGAUGAUCCGAGUGUCAAAAGUAGAAGCAGUCAACGAACUGUGGGAAAUGUACCAAAAUAAGAAGCUCCAGAAUUGCUUGGCUGACCUACUUAUUACCUCUGAAAUCAAAGACACGGUCAAGGAUAAGGAACUGCAUUUGGAAGUUCACUUCCUUAAGGAWGUUUAUGAAAAUGCAAGAAAGAAGUUGGAAGGCAAAGGAAAGGUUCUCUUUCUCGUCAGUACAGUCAACCUCGUUCUCCAACAACGAGAACGAUUCCAACUUUACCUCAUCGACAAGUACCAGAUCACCGAGAUGUCGAGCGCUCACACCGAGGACGACCCUCUAGAGAACAAAGUCAAGACUCAUGACGUGGUGGUCUUGACAGCACAGAUCCUGGUGAAUGCGCUGAGGGAUGGUAGGAUGAGUUUGCACGAUGUUAGCAUGUUAAUCUUUGAUGAGUGUCAUCACACGCAUGGCGAGCACCCUUACAACAAGACCAUGGAGUAUUUUAUGACGUUGAGGCUACAGCCGGGGUUAAACAAAAAACUGCCGCAAAUUGUCGGGAUGACAGCUUCUCUUGGUGUUGGUAAAGCAAGGAACAUYUGCGAGGCGCAAGACCAUAUCGUGCACCUGUGCGCAAACCUCGACGCGGAUCUCAUAUCGACAGUGGUGGAAAACACGGACGAACUGAGCAAGUUCACAUGCAGCCCCAAGAGAACCCUUCACCCUGUGAAAAGAAACAAGAGUGAUAUCUUCGAUAAGAGUCAGAAGUACCGACAGUGGUGUGUGUCUCUGUACAAGUGCGGUGCAGUGGCGGGAAACCGCUACAUCGUAACAUAUGCAGAGCAAUUACAAGAAUACAAUAUCGCCCUGUCCAUCAACGACGCAACAAGAAUGAAAGACGCCGUAGCUCAUCUGAGGAAAUACUUCAAUCGACUCGAUAAGAAUUUGUUUGAUAACAUAGACAGGACGUUGAAGAAGAUCUACGAAAAGGCUUCUGAGGCACUCGAUGACGAGGUGAAUAAAAACGGCGAACCGAAGAAUCCAAAACUUGAGAAAAUCAAGGAGAUUUUGCUGAAAGAAAAUGACGGCGUGYCUAAAGGAAUCUUGUUCAGUAAGACCAGAGAGACGACCAUUGCACUGGAAAACUGRAUUAAUGAAUCUAAAGAGCUCAAUACGGUGCUGAAGCCGCUACGUCUUGUUGGUACGAAUGAUGGCGAAGGUGAGGACUUAAUGAUGUGUCCAGUNNNNAUCGCAACCACUGUGGCCGAGGAGGGACUGGACAUCGAUGACUGUAAUUACGUCAUCCGUUACGACAUGGUCGGGAAUGAGAUCUCCACCGUCCAAGCGCGUGGUAGAAUCAGAACGCUCAAUGGAGGUCGAUAUUGUUCCGUGAUUGCAGCUGAUGCUGGUGCUAUUGGUAAGGAACAGUUAAAUCGGUAUCGAGAGUGUCUGAUGAUGGAGGCGUUAGCAAAGGUUCAGAAAAUGGAUACUGAACUUUACAAGGAGAAGGUACGGGAUUUCCAGAAGGAAGCAGCGAAAGAACGCGCCUUGAAAGAAAAGCUCCGUCGUGCGCUGAAAUCCCAGUUCGACCCCAAUGACGUCACGUUCAAGUGCAAAAAGUGYCACGUGAUUGCAUGCCAGGCGCAUGACGUGAGGCAAGUCAAGCAGUCAUAUCACGUGGUCAUUCCCGAUGAUUUUAGGCAGAAGAUCAUCUUGAGAGAGUUACCGAAAUCCAAGGUCAGAACCUUUGAUGAGAUUUCGAUGCCAAAGACGAUGAGCUGUAGCCGGUGUGGAGAACAUUGGGGAUGCAUUGUUAAUUUUAGAGGACUGGAGAUGCCWUGCCUCAAAGUGACGUCAUUCGUGCUGGAGCUAAAGCGGAAUGAAAAAGUGCAUAAAAUGCUAAUUAAACAAUGGAAGAAAUGUCCCUUCGAARUUCAGUCGGUUGAUAUUGGAGAAUUGCUUGAGAUUAAGGUGUCAACGGAAGAGAAUGGUUUGGGCGACCUUGUGAUAGAAUUAUGAAAACACACGUGGUAUCUAUGAAUAUAAGCGUGUGAUUUAGGAUGUGUAGAUUUAAAGUGUUAUACCUUCCCAUAAAUGAAAAAGCAUAAAUUGCAGUAAACUGCUCAAAGGAAUGGAAUUUCUUGAUCAAAUCGUUGAAAAAUAUUUUUCAAAGAAAUUGCACUUCAAUUUGGUAGUGAAUUUAGAACGAGCAAAGGGGACUAAAUAAAGUAAAAUUUAGAGAAUAGAAUAAGGAAAAAUGCAUUGGAGUGGGUUAUCAGUAAAAUUUUCUUGCAGUAAACUGAAAAAUUUUCAAACAAAUUACACACGAACUUCAAGUCGGUAGUCAAUUUAGAAUGAGCAACUUAAGAGGACAAAAUAAAGUAAAAUUUAGAAAAAAAAGAAUAAGAAAAAAUGAGUUGGAGUGGGUUAUAGAGUGAAAUUCUCUCGCAAGAAAAAUGAAAAAAUUUCAAAUAAAUUACGCACGAACUUCAAGUCGGUAGUCAAUUUAGAAGGAGCAAAGGGGGGGCAAAAAUAAAGAAAAAAAUUAGAAAAUGGAA